AUGCUCUCCAUCUUCCGUGGCCUUGUUCUGGCAUCCCUCGCGACCAGCGCGGUGCAUGCGCAGUCUCCAGCAACGACUACGUCGUCGGCUGCCGCAUCGGCCGUGACUGGGUGCCACAGUCAUGGGGACGAUGUGUUUUGCAUCGAUGGCGAUGGCUCUGAAGUUCAGGUGUCUAUGACCUCGACUCCCACAGGGGAGAUGCCGGCACAGUUCACUGGGUGCCAUUCCCAUGGAGAAGAACGUUUUUGCAAGGACGACGGUGGGAAUGAAGUCCAGAUCAUGGGGGAAGGGGCCGCGGCAGAAGAUAGCCAUGAACACGGCAGUGAGAGCUCGAGUGGAUCCUCCGGCCACGGCGAAAAGAAUUGUCAUUUCCACGCUGGUGUUGAACACUGCGUGGGACCCGGGGAAUCUGAGAAUGAAGGCGAGAGUGGUGGUUCCAGCAAGUCAUCAUGCGGUAUCCAAGGCCGUGACUAUGACGUGCCCUUGCGGAUUGGGACCUUGUUCGUGGUCUUGGUUACCAGCAGCAUUGGUGUUUCCCUGCCCAUGCUGCUGGCCCUGUUACCUUUUCCUUCUCUCAACACGUGGGUCUCGACUGUUGUUAAGCAGUUUGGGACCGGCGUGAUUAUCUCGACAGCGUUUAUCCAUCUCUAUACGCAUGCCAACCUCAUGUUCACCAAUGACUGUUUAGGUGAACUUGAUUUCGAAGCCACAACCUCGGCGGUAGUAAUGGCGGGGGUCUUCAUCGCUUUCCUAAUCGAGUACAUUGGACACCGCGUGAUCAUUGCACGAGCCUCCAGAUUACCCACCUGCGACUCGACACCCGAAAGCGGCGCACAUUCACCCAAGGAGUGCCCGACGCAUCAACAAUCUCAGGCAAUGACGCUCGCCGCAUUGGGCCACAACCACGGCGCUCCUAUGGACCCGACACAACCCAGCUCCAAACUCUCCGUGCUGGUCAUGGAGGCAGGUGUGAUAUUCCACAGCGUGCUCAUUGGCGUGACGCUCGUCGUAGCCGGCGACUCGUUCUACAAGACCCUGCUGGUAGUCAUCAUCUUUCACCAGUUCUUCGAAGGUAUGGCAUUGGGGGCGCGCAUUGCUCUGCUUCCGGGGAAAGUGUUCCCGAACAAGGCUUUGAUGGCGGCGGCUUUUGCGCUCAUUACACCGAUUGGUAUGGCGAUUGGACUAGGCGUGUUGAAUUCAUUUAAUGGUAGCGAGCGCAGCACUCUGGUCGCACUGGGCACGCUUGACGCCCUGUCGGCUGGAAUCCUCGUCUGGGUCGGCGUGGUCGACAUGUGGGCGCGCGACUGGGUAAUUGAUGGUGGCGAACUCCUGGAUGCGCCAUUAGGGCGAGUGGCAACUGGUGGUAUCUCGCUAGUUGCUGGUAUGGCUUUGAUGGGGCUAUUAGGGAAAUGGGCAUGA